GUCAUUCCUCCGCGCUGCUCUCAGCUGCUGCCUCGGCAAGCGCCCGCGCGACGUUCAAGACGAUGUGAUCCCGAACGAGGAGUCGCGUCUCAUUCCCCCAGUCACGGACGAGCCUUCCGGCUCGUCCCUUCCGAAUGUCUCAACCAUGGACCAGCAAAAGAUCAGGGACAAGCUCGGAGUCAUCGUGCGCGCCAAGGAAGGCCGCAUGGUCAACGUGCACGCCGCGAUACCCUUCAACCUCCACAAUCAGGCGCGCCCGAACGACCCCUCCGGCUCGCGCUCCGCGUCCGGCUCGACGCGGCGCUUCCCCGCGGCGCAGCGCGACUCGCAGCUGUACGCGUCGCGGGACUCGAGCCUGUCGAGCGAAGAGAACAUCGGGUACCUUGGCGGGGAUGCGGUGCGCGGGAAGCCGCUGAACGUGCGCCUGGUCGGCGGCGGGCGGGCGCGGGGGCGCUCGCGGCUGAAGGCGGGGAGCAGCGGGGGAAGCAGCGGAGAGGAGCGGGGAUCGGGGCGAGAAGGGAAGGGGGAGUCCACGGACGAGGGGACGCCGACGCAGAUGGCUGCGACGGUUACGCCUGCGGAAGAGCAGGCGGUGCCGCCGGUGAAGGGCAAGCCGUUCAAGAUAGAGGAUACGGGCGACAUCGCGCUCAGUUGGGAUUAGCGGGCCAUUCCUUCAUCCCUCAACCUUCUUCAAACAUACCCUACCUAGACCGCGGUCUCGCUACCGCUAUCAAACCUAAGCGCCCUCGCUUCCCAGCGUCGCCGUUAUCAAACCUACGCCGCCAUUCUAAUCCCGCAUACUCCACAUCACGAACAGGAAAUCAUAUUUCACCGCCAUGUCUUCCCAUCCUCUUGUCGCCACGCCGUUCAUGCCCUUUCUCGCUUUCUGGAUUGCAUUCUUUUUUCCCCAUCGCAAACUCACUUCACCUUCUCCGUUGCAAAUUUGGGUUCAUCGUGUAUCUAUCGUAUAGUCGACAUCAAUCGCACCUUCGUGUUGUAGCAAGCGACAUUUGGCUUUAUCUAUCCCCUCCUUAA